ACAAUUAUCUCUACAUAACUUUUUAAAAAUUAUGUCCAAUAACGUGGCAUCCUUGAAACGCUUACGUUUGCUCCAAAACAUUAUCCGGGGGGCCACGAAACGGCAAAAAUUAUGCAUUGGCAUUUUUUGCUUUCGCAUUUUUUGACUUAAUCAUUGUUGUUGGUUUUAUUUUUCUGUCAUUCUGUUGCUGUAUAAAAAUUGAAUUUUGCCCGGCAGCAGAAAAACGCACGUAAUCUCGUUCGGGAGCCACGGAAGCUGUCAAAGGCGGCACCGUUGUCGUCAUCAACAAUUGAAUAACUCUGUGUUAUAGUCAUUCUGCAAGCGGCAUACAAAACAACAAAACAAAAACCACUUAGCUAAAUUGGACAUACGCUUACUAUUGGAAUGCGAGUCAAGUAUCAACGCCUAAAAACCAAACGAAACUAAGCAGCAACAAUGUCUGUAAAUUAAGCUAUUCUCAAUUUUAAGAAACGAAACGUAGUCAUUGAGUUUUAUAAGCAGUCAAUGCACUGCCGAACUCCAAUUGGAACAAAGCGAAGUUGAAGUGUAAAGGAAAGUGAGCUGUUAUAAAUAAAUAUUGAAGCAAUAGAGCACAGCGCAAUAAGAUGGGUGCUAUAUUGGCCAAGUUCAGGAAAGAAAAGUCCACUGCAGAGGUACUCGAGGGACUGGAGGAGAAAAUCACACAAAUAGAAAAAUAUACAUUGAAUACACAGGAGCAAAAACGACGCAUUGUAGGCAAUUUUCUUGCUACAUCAAUUGGCAUUUAUGUGAUCGCAUUUAUUGUUUUUUACUUUGUAUACUUUCCGCCGACAUGGCGAGAGCGAAUCGUUUACUCAGUGCCAUUACUUUUGUUCCCAUUUGUUAUCAUACUCCUGCGACGUUUAUUUACGUGGUACUUCGAGCGAAAGUUGAAUAAAAACUCCAAUAAGCUGACAGCGUUGCAUACUGAAAAAAAGAAAAUAUUAGAGCAGGUCAUGGAUAAGGAAACCUACAAGGUUGCAGUAAAACUGCUGGCCAAGUAUGGRGACAAAACUAAUAGCCAGAAGCCAUUUUUGGCUUUGACUCCACGUCCGCCGGCAGUGAGUAACUUGAGCGCUGCAUCGCAACGCCUCGUCAUUGGACAAUCGCCAAAUGCGCCUGCUACCACAGGUAGUUUACAAGAUCUWCGAUUGCGUUCAACCUUGAGUACCACAUCGCUUUCGACUACACCACGUCAGCUCUCCAGCCUACGCGGUUCACCAGUUGCAUCGUUAGCCGGUACACAGACACUAUUGCCACGUGUACCCCUACCAAUUACACCACAAAGACGACCGGUUGGACAGGAAUUGCGCAAACGAACACCUUUCCCGAUUGUCAAUCAGCAAGGCAAAGGUGUUUUGGAACGUAUUGUUGAUGUACUUAUUGGCGAUGGUCCAAAGGACCGUUUCGCUAUGAUUUGCAAAGAGUGUUUUGCGCAUAACGGAAUGGCACUCAAAGAAGACUUUGAUUACGCCACAUUUCGUUGCGCUUUUUGCAAUGCGCUGAAUCCAGCACGUAAAGCACGCCCCAUUGCACCGCGCCUGCCGGAGCAGCAUUUCUCACCGCUGAAGCGUGACUCAAGCUCAUCGUCAACACCGACGGACGUUGACUCGGAAAAUGACGAGCCCCUCGGCGCUACACCAACACCAUUAAUAGCAACAACACCACGCAUACAAUUAACUGAAGCCAUCAAUACACCUGUAAAAGCAGCAGAAGCCAACGCUUUUGAAGAUGCAACUGUUGGUGGUGUGCGCCGUAAAGCGGAAAUUGGCGCAGGCGAUGGCCCCGAUGUAACAGCAGGUGAAGCUGUCAUUGAUGCGACUGGUGUGGAGAACAUGGAAAUCGAGCAUGAUAACGAGCAACAAAACGAAGCACUGACAGCUGAAGUUGUCGCCAAUUUGCAGGCGUUACAGGCGGCUGAAGUCAACGAGAUGAGUAGACUGCAAGAGCGUUUCGCCCAAAUGUAUGCUACAACUGACACAGAACAACAGGGGCAACAGUCAGUUGGCGCAGCUGAAGCCGACAAAAAUGCGCAAGAAGCGCGUGRGCCAGCGGAGGAGCUCGAUGAAUUUAAGAAAUUAAAAUAACAUUAGACACAGUUACACGUUAGUGUCUGGGUUUGGCAAUGGAGGUAUGGAGCAGGUGGUAGAAUGUCGAUUAAGGCUCGCCUUUAUUUUGCGCCGUUCGCUUGAGCGGCGUAAACGUUUACUCAUUACGCUUGGAGUCUUGUUAAAUAUUUAUAAACAAAAAAAUAUCAAAAACAACACUACAUUUUAGCUUWAUUAAUCGAUUUUAAUUUGAUGUAAUUUUAAAUUUUUUUCAUUUGUAUUUUUAAAUAUUUUAUAUAUCUCGCAAUCCGCUUAACUUAUUAAUGCACACACUUUUUCUUUCUAACUGUUACUCAUUAAAUUUAAUAAUUAAAUUGAGCGGAUAUUGAGUUCAUUU